AUGCUAAAAUCACUGAUAGUAAGGAACAAUUUAUUCACCAUAACGAAAAGACUUUACCAUCCCAAUGUCAUUGAACAUUACACAAACCCAAGGAACGUUGGUUCGCUAGACAAGAACCAAUCUAAUGUCGGCACAGGACUGGUGGGCGCGCCUGCCUGUGGGGACGUCAUGAAGUUGCAGAUCGAAGUGGACGACAAGACAGGCAUAAUUGAAAAUGUGAAGUUCAAGACAUUUGGUUGCGGCUCUGCUAUAGCCUCGUCCUCUUACGUGACAGAACUGGUGAGAGGCAUAACUGUCGACGAGGCAGCAAAGAUCAAGAACACAGAGAUAGCAAAAAAAUUGAGUCUGCCUCCAGUGAAACUUCAUUGUUCCAUGCUGGCGGAAGACGCGAUCAAGGCAGCCAUUAGAGAUUACAAGUCAAAAAGAAACUCUACAAACUUAGCAUGA